AGGCAGGUCUUCUCUCCUCCCUCUUUCAGCAGCGGUCAUUGACCCCCGCCUCCUUAAUGUCCUGUGUGACCUCAGUAGAUUUAAAUACCACAUGGUUUUAUUUACUUAUAUUUGAUAGGACAAUAAGAUAUGUUUGGGAGGGUAGCUUAAAAUCCGACGACCCAAAAAGAGUGAGAGCAGACCGGGAUCCUUGCUGUGACGGUUUGUUUUCUUCUGUCAAAACAACUCCUCGUGUCACGUGACGCCUUGACGUCAGUCCUCCUCUCCGCGCUGAUGCAGGGGGGUUUCCAUCAUGGCGUCCAUGCAGAAAAGGCUACAAAAGGAAUUAUUAGCCCUGCAGAAUGAUCCACCCCCGGGAAUGACGCUUAACGAAAAAAGUGUACAGAACACCAUCACACAGUGGAUUGUAGACAUGGAGGGAGCACCUGGCACACUGUAUGAAGGAGAGAAAUUUCAGCUGCUGUUCAAAUUUAGUAGUCGAUAUCCAUUUGAUUCACCUCAGGUAAUGUUCACAGGAGAGAAUAUACCUGUCCACCCUCACGUGUAUAGUAAUGGUCACAUCUGUCUAUCCAUUCUAACGGAAGAUUGGUCGCCAGCUCUCUCAGUGCAAUCUGUUUGUCUUAGCAUUAUCAGCAUGUUGUCCAGCUGCAAAGAAAAGAGACGACCGCCUGAUAACUCCUUUUAUGUAAGAACGUGUAACAAAAAUCCAAAGAAGACAAAAUGGUGGUAUCAUGAUGAUACAUGCUAAUGUACAAACUUUGUAAUAGUCGUAGAAGAAAGAAGUCCUACUGACCUACAUAAAGCACUUUUUAAUCAUUCAGUCUUUGAACUCUGACCUUUGACUGGAACAAUGGACACCAUGCGCUGGAGGCUCUUGACUGCAUUUCCCCCCACGGACGAUUGGAUGCAUGUUUCAGGCGGUUGUAACAUAUAAAGAGCGGGAAUAACGUUUAGAUGCACCCAGACGGAUCAUUAUUGAGCAGAAAGGUAGUAAAUGCAGUGAGCGGGCGAAGUGGUUUGUGGUGAGAUAAUUAUUAUUCCUGUUUUAAGAUUAUUAUUGUUACUUUUUUGUUUUGUGUGGGUGCAUUUUAAGGUCCUUGUGUUGUGCAAUAAGAACUGAUGGAUGCAUGCUUGGGCCUACAAAGAGAAAUCCAAAUCUGAUCGUUUUCUGGACGGGAUCUGACCACCAUGACCCAAGAAAACGCUUCAUCUGGUUUUAAAUAUUAUGCACUGUGAAAGUAGUUUAAAAAGGCACUAUUAGUAUGGUAUCCCCGACUUGCAGCUGUUCUGUAAGCAGUCCUCCACUUAUUUAUCAGGUUUGAGGGGUUAAAGUUUGUCACACUGUAACUGAGAAAAACACAAUUUUCUUCUUCAUCUUCCAACCUGAGACCUGGCUGCAGCUCUUUGUGCUGUUGGACAGAUCAUCGUCAGUACUGAGGGGAAUAAAACAGAUCGCGGAUCUCUGAGUCGAGUUCAUCUCCUCAUGAAAGCACGGGCUGCACUCGUGUUGCGUUCACGUGUCCAGCCCUGAAGACGCGCAGCGGCCUCUCUUCCACUUUUAAGAAUGUCCGUUUAUAGAACGUUGUCGCACAAGCAGUUUUUAUUCGUAUGACACUUUUUAUUUUUUAAUUUCAUGCUUUAAUCUUCUAAAAUGUUUGAUUUCGUGUCUUGAGUUGUAUUUUUUUGUACUGUUUUUCAACUAGUUGAUACUUUGAAAAAAGAGGGGGGGUGUUUUAACGGGUCAGUAUGUUUGAUUUUAUUUUUUAUUGUUAUUUUAUUUAAUUACAAUCUUUGUUCUCCUGAAUGGUAACGAAUGACAACAAAGGAGUGUCUUUAUAGGAGAGGUAGAGACAAGGCUUUUGUGAUUCCCCCUGGUCAGAGUUUUGGCUCAGGUACUUUUUUCAAUAUAGAGAUCACCUCUUAAAAGAUACCUAUCAGAUAUUUUGAAUUUAACUAUAUUUUCACCAAAAGAGACUGUUAUGUUGUAAAAUGAUAACAUGUCUAAAACUAUUGUACAUACGUCUUGAAAUUGUUGGAUGCCGUGAAAGAAAUUAGCAGAGGAUGCAUUUACUUUAUAGCAGAAUGAUAAUAGGAGUGCUUUAUUUCAUUGGACGUUAGCCUGCAUCUUUUGCUAAUUAGGAUGUGUACAGACAGAAACAAACACUACUGUUGGUUCAACAUAGAAAAAAAGAGUUUAGUAGUUUUACAGUGGGGGUGCAUGCAAUUUUAAAACCCUACUUUUUCUUAUUGGCAUCAGACAUCGUGACGACUUUUAGUCUUUGCAUAACUUAGGUAAUGGUUUUAUGGGAUGGAUAUUACGAAGCUCACCUCCAGAGGCCGUGUGGCUUUGCGUCAUUUCAGACUGUAAUCGCUCCAUUCCUAAACAAAUGUUUUAUCGCCAUCCAGUCAGAAAUACUUGAAUUUUCCAUCUUGGGUUGUUUGUUUUGCAUUUUGCUUUUUUUUUUUCUUUCCAGGGUUUAGGUGAAUUUCUUGAAUGAACAUGAGUGAAUGUGAUGAUACUCUAUACUGUAGAGGAGAUUACCACAGCACACCGCUAUCUCAAAAACUAUAUUGAUAAAGACAUCUAUUUAACCAAUGAUUUUUUUUGUUUUAAAGCUUCAUAGUUACGGUCUUGUCUGCUGUCAGCGAUCAGGGAGAAGCAGACGGUAGGACUGAAAUGAUUGUGUAGAGGCAGUCACAGCAGCAUUAGAGUGUGGGGACAGGAAGCCUUCAUACUGUGGCUCAGCAGAGAUUUGAAACACAUUCGAGCAAACACGUUACAAGGGUUUGGAUGUGACCUUUUUUUUUGUUCCUAGGUUGUUUUUUUUUCCUUUUUCAAUGUGGUUUGAACUCUUAGCUUGCAGGUUGUUGUGAGUGAUCAGCACUAAUGAGGGUGUGUUAUUUAUAUUUGAAAUUUUGUUCUGGGAUGUGCAAGCUCCAUGUAAUAGGUGCCUGUUCAUUUUCAUAAUCAAUAAUAAAAGCAAAGAUUCACUUUUA